GAUGGAGGAUGAAGCUGUCCUGGACAGAGGGGCUUCCUUCCUUAAGCAUGUGUGUGAUGAAGAAGAAGUAGAAGGCCACCACACCAUCUACAUUGGAGUCCAUGUGCCCAAGAGCUACCGCAGAAGGAGACGUCACAAGAGGAAGACAGGACACAAGGAAAAGAAGGAAAAGGAGCGGAUCUCUGAGAACUACUCUGACAAGUCAGAUGUGGAAAAUGCUGAUGAAUCCAGUAGUAGCAUCCUGAAACCACUCAUUUCUCCUGCCGCAGAGCGCAUCCGCUUCAUCUUGGGAGAGGAAGAUGACAGCCCGGCACCCCCUCAGCUCUUCACUGAGCUGGAUGAGCUUCUGGCUGUGGAUGGGCAGGAGAUGGAGUGGAAGGAGACAGCAAGGUGGAUCAAAUUUGAAGAGAAGGUGGAGCAGGGUGGGGAGAGGUGGAGCAAGCCCCAUGUGGCCACGCUGUCCCUGCACAGCUUGUUUGAGCUGAGAACGUGCAUGGAGAAGGGGUCCAUCAUGCUCGACCGGGAGGCCUCCUCUCUUCCCCAGUUGGUGGAGAUGAUUGUUGACCAUCAGAUUGAGACUGGCCUGUUAAAAGCUGACCUCAAGGACAAGGUGACUUACACUUUGCUCCGGAAGCACCGGCACCAGACCAAGAAGUCUAACCUCCGGUCCUUGGCUGACAUCGGGAAGACGGUCUCCAGUGCCAGUAGGAUGUUCACCAACCCCGACAAUGGUAGCCCAGCCAUGACCCAUAGGAACCUGACUUCCUCCAGUCUGAAUGACAUUUCUGAUAAACCAGAGAAGGACCAGUUGAAGAAUAAAUUCAUGAAAAAACUGCCCCGUGAUGCAGAAGCUUCUAAUGUGCUCGUUGGGGAGGUCGACUUCCUGGAGACGCCUUUCAUCGCCUUUGUGCGGCUGCAACAGGCGGUCAUGCUGGGUGCCCUGACCGAGGUCCCUGUGCCCACGAGGUUCUUGUUCAUUCUCUUAGGCCCUAAGGGGAAAGCCAAGUCCUACCAUGAGAUCGGCAGAGCCAUUGCUACCUUGAUGUCUGAUGAGGUUUUCCAUGACAUUGCUUAUAAAGCAAAGGACAGGCAGGACUUGAUUGCUGGGAUUGAUGAGUUUCUGGACGAAGUCAUUGUUCUUCCCCCUGGGGAGUGGGACCCAGCCAUCCGGAUAGAGCCUCCUAAGAGCCUUCCCUCCUCUGACAAAAGAAAGAACAUGUACUCCGGUGGGGACAACGUUCAGAUGAAUGGGGACACGCCCCGCGACGGUGGACACGGAGGAGGGGGCCACGGGGACAGCGAGGAGCUGCAGCGGACUGGACGGUUCUGUGGUGGAUUAAUUAAGGACAUAAAGAGGAAAGCACCAUUUUUUGCCAGUGAUUUUUAUGAUGCUUUAAAUAUUCAGGCUCUUUCAGCGAUUCUCUUCAUCUAUCUGGCGACUGUGACUAACGCCAUCACUUUCGGAGGGCUGCUUGGGGAUGCCACUGACAACAUGCAGGGCGUGUUGGAGAGCUUCCUGGGCACUGCUGUCGCUGGAGCUGUCUUUUGCCUUUUUGCUGGUCAGCCACUCACUAUUUUGAGCAGCACAGGACCUGUCUUAGUUUUUGAGAGGCUUCUAUUUAAUUUCAGCAAGGACAAUAAUUUUGACUACUUGGAGUUUCGCCUUUGGAUUGGCCUGUGGUCAGCCUUCCUGUGUCUUAUUUUGGUAGCCACUGAUGCCAGCUUCUUGGUCCAGUAUUUUACUCGCUUCACGGAAGAGGGCUUCUCUUCUCUGAUCAGUUUCAUCUUUAUCUAUGAUGCUUUCAAGAAGAUGAUCAAGCUGGCAGAUUACUACCCCAUCAACUCCCACUUCAAAGUGGGCUACAACACCCUCUUCUCGUGUGCCUGUGUGCCACCCUCUCCAGUUAAUAUCUCAGUAUCUAAUGAUACCACACUGUCCUUAGAGGAUUAUUCAGCUGUUUCUGCUACUGACAUGAAUGCGACCUUUGACUGGACAUAUGUGUCAAAGAAGGAGUGUUUGAAAUAUGGAGGGACGCUCAUGGGGAACAACUGCGAUUUCGUUCCUGACAUCACACUCAUGUCUUGCAUUCUUUUCUUGGGCACCUACGCCUCCUCCAUGGCUCUGAAAAAAUUCAAAACUAGUCGCUAUUUUCCAACCACAGCAAGAAAACUGAUCAGUGAUUUUGCCAUUAUUUUGUCCAUUCUCAUAUUUUGUGUAAUAGAUGCCCUGGUAGGGGUAGACACUCCAAAACUAAUCGUGCCGAGUGAGUUCAAGCCAACAAGUCCAAAUCGAGGCUGGUUUGUCCCCCCAUUUGGAGGAAACCCCUGGUGGGUGUACUUGGCUGCUGCUAUUCCUGCAUUGUUGGUCACCAUUCUGAUUUUCAUGGACCAGCAAAUCACUGCUGUAAUUGUAAACAGGAAAGAACAUAAGCUCAAGAAAGGAGCUGGAUAUCACCUGGAUCUCUUCUGGGUGGCUGUCAUCAUGGUGGUGUGUUCCUUCAUGGGCCUCCCCUGGUACGUGGCUGCUACUGUGAUCUCCAUUGCGCACAUUGACAGUUUAAAGAUGGAGACGGAGACAUCUGCACCGGGAGAGCAGCCGAAGUUUCUGGGAGUGAGGGAACAAAGAGUCACUGGAACCCUUGUGUUUAUUCUGACUGGCCUGUCAGUCUUUAUGGCUCCCAUCCUGAAGUUUAUUCCUAUGCCUGUACUUUAUGGUGUGUUCCUGUACAUGGGUGUAGCUUCGCUGAAUGGGGUACAGUUCAUGGAUCGUCUGAAGCUGCUCCUGAUGCCCCUCAAGCAUCAGCCUGACUUCAUCUACCUGCGCCACGUGCCCCUGCGCAGAGUGCACUUGUUCACUUUCCUGCAGGUGUUGUGUCUGGCCCUGCUCUGGAUCCUCAAGUCAACAGUGGCUGCGAUCAUCUUUCCUGUCAUGAUCCUCGCACUUGUCGCUGUCAGAAAAGGUAUGGACUACCUCUUCUCCCAGCACGACCUCAGCUUCCUUGAUGAUGUCAUUCCAGAGAAGGAAAAGAAAAAGAAGGAGGAUGAGAAGAAGAAGAAGAAGAAGAAGGGAAGUUUGGACAGCGACAACGAUGAUGAGAAAGAUCAUCAACAUUCCUUGAACGCCACACAUCAUGCUGAUAAAAUUCCUUUCCUUCAGUCGCUUGGUUUGCCAAGUCCUCCUAGAAUUCCAGUAAAAGUUGUGCCUCAAAUUAGAAUAGAACUUGAGCCUGAAGACAAUGAUUAUUUCUGGAGGAGCAAGGGAACAGAAACUACAUUAUAAUCUGUUUGUCUUUCUUACAACUGACAGUUUUGUUGUUAACAAUCUUUUUUUUCUUGCCAUUUAUUUUUUAAUAUUUGUUCUGUUUUAGUUUUUGGUCACUGGCCAAAUAAUACAGCUCUCUCUCUGCUUCUCUCUUACAUAGGUAAUAUCAGGACAGUAGUGUACUGUUCCUUAAAAAAGCAUCUGCUGAAUCUCCCUGUUAUUCUUACACUUUCAGAUGUGUUCAGUGACACCCCAGUUCCCCUGUCACUCAAGACGUGCACACACACUUGUCCUUUCCUUUUAUUAAGCAGAGGUCAGAAGUGUUAAAUAUUUUAUAAAAUCUUUUACUGAGAUACUGAAGGAACUUAAAAUUUUAGCUUUGGAGCUGUGCUUACUGGCUUGUUUUUCUUUUUGUCUGGUAGAACAAACCUUAACCUCCAGACAGAGUCCCUUCUCCCCCUUAUAGAGCUGCCCAGGACUGGAAAAAAGUGCUGCUAUUCUAACUUGCCCUUGCUUGUAAGCCCUAAUCAUAGUGUUAUCAAAAGCAGAAAAACUAAAGGUACUUUACUCCCUGUAGCGAAAUCAUUGCCACCAUUGUAGCAAGUGCUGGAAUGUCCCUUUUUCCUAUGCAACUUUUUUUAACCCUUUAAUGAACUUGUCUGUUGAGUACAUUGAAGAAUAUUUUUCUUCCUAGAUUUUGUUGUUUAAAUUAUGGGGCCUAACCUGCAACUUAUUUUUUGUCAAUUUUUUAAACUUUUUUUAAUUACUGUAAAGAAAAUGAAUUUUUCCUGCAGCAGGAAACAUAGUUUUGAGUAGUUCUACCUCUUAUUUGUAGCUGCCAGGCUUUCUGUAAAAAUUGUAUUGUAUAUAAUGUGAUUUUUACACACACACACACACACACACACACACACACACAUGCACACAUGCACAUGCACACACACACACACACAAUCUCUAGGGUAAGCCAGAAGGCUAAAUCAGAUUUUAAAAACACCAUGUUUCUAAGCAUCCAUUUUAUCCUGUUCUUUAAAAGAAAUGUAAUGAUUCUAUGAAGGAACUUGAGAGAACUUGGGAGAAGAGAGAAAUUCUUGCAUAAGGGAGGAAAUGCUGUUCUGGUAGUCGUAGUAUCAGACACAGAUGUGGGUUGUACUACCACAUUUCUGUCCUACACAGUAUUGUCAGGCAUUAUUUUCGUUUUGAAAUAUUUGUGUUUUUUUUUGUAUGUGCUGUGGGUGGCUAGUGCACAUCUGUGCUAAGUUAGAAAAAGAGUGACAAAGGGCAAAGUUAUUAAGCCCUGUGUGUCAGUUUUCAUAAAAUCCAAACCACACAUGAAAAUUUUUUCAGGGGUCCAAGAAAUGUGUCACUGUGCAAAUGAAGGUAAAUAAGUCUUUUUACCCAGCUCGCAGUCACCAUCACUGCUACAGUAGCUCAUACUCACAAAAGAAAAUCCACAGGAAUAUUGACAGCUCAUUUACGCACCUAGUGGGUGUUAUGGGAAUUCAGAUAGAAAGGUAGAAGUGCGUGCAUUUUAACAAUACUUUCACACAUUCUUUGUAAUCAGAAUAUUUAAGGUAAAUAUGUGUACAUAUAUGUGCAUUUGUUUCAGAGAACUGUACUGGAAAUCGGACCUAAUUAACCAAAAUAAGUAUAGUAUUUAAGUAGAAUGUCUUUAAUGAGCCGCAUUAUAUAUUGAAUAUAUGUUAAGAACAACAAUUUAAAUGUUAAAUUAUAAUUUGGAUUCAUAUAACCAACUGAGAUGUAUCCUCAGUAUAACAGGCUGUUGGAGGACUAUUGGAAGCUGAUGGAAUUGCUCAUUUUGGUGUACUUAUUGACUCCACUCAUUCUUACACCAAUUAAACUGUAAUCCUGUCCUCUUGAAGUAAAUUAUAAAAGUUUUAUUAUCCUUUUGUAAUAUCUCAAAACUUUUAAUUUUAUAAAAAUUAGGCAUAAAUGACCUCAAUUUGUAAAUUAAAUAAUAGUGGCAAAUUACAUAUGCUAAAACCUCACUUGCCAAAUUUUGGCAUCAUGUUUGUAUAUAGAUCUACCCUUAAAAUGAUUAUUCUGUAUUGUUUAGUUAUAUUUUAUCCUUUAAAACCUAUAUGAGAAAGCGAAUCUCUCUCUUUAAGGAUUGGAGUAUCAGCAGAAUGUCUAACAAUCAAUGCAUAGUAAAUUUAGUCUAAUCAAGAUAUUACAUCAAAGGCACUUCUGUUUAGCUUUUAUAAAAGCUCUAGAUAUAAUAUUUGCUCUUCUGAUCACAAAUCAAGUAUUUUGGGAUUUAUAUUCCUUUCCAUACUAGUAAGAGAACUGCUGAAGCAACUUGGCUGAUCAUUUCAGCCUUGGAGUAGCCUGGAAGCUAUCUGCAUUUCCUUUGUGACCCACGUGUGUCGCUCUGGGAUGAGGGUUUGUGUCUCUGCUAUAAAUUCAAAAUAGUACCUUAUGUUUGCAACAGCAAACCCUUUCAACACUGUGGAACCCAGGAAAUAAUUUUUUAAAUAUUAUUGCCUUUAGAGAAACAAAUGUAGUUACCACACUGACAAGCAAACCCAAGGUACGUGUGCAGACAGCUACUAGAUUACCUGUGCUCUAACCAAAUGUGUGGAUUGGAUAAGAAUCAGCCAGAUUUGGGGGUGGUUUUGUUUCUAUGUAAACUGAACACAAAUGCAACAGUAAUUUUUUUACAACAUAUUUCUCUAUUUUCACUCCAGUGUGCACUUAGAGAUACAUGAUUCACUUUUCUUGAGGUAAAGACUAAAUACACUCACAGCUGUUAACCAGGAUUCCUGGGGCUAUUGGAACUGACUGCUGAAAGGAAAGAAAGGACUAGGCUAAGUCUGCCUAUGAAAAGAGCAUUACUUCCUCUGCUUUUGCAUUUGAGAGAAAAUCUGUGGGAGAUACUUUCCUUGAGAAAGUCACUUUUCUCUGCUGGGUAUAACAACUACUUGAAAUCCUAAUUAUAUCCCAUGGGCAGUAUUGUUCCUGCCUCUUCUUCCAGGGAGGUUGAGGGAGGGGUUGAGAGGAGCCAUACUGACUUGAGAAGCAGGAAAGAAAACCUCCAUCCUCAGCCCCUUCAAGAAAGGGGGGGAAAUUAUCUGCUGUCAGCAAUCCAAUUUUUGUGAAUUUUAUGUACACGCAACAACACACACACAAUGACUCUUUUAUCAGAUAUAUAUUGGUGUUUAAUAUGGAGAAUGAUUGUCUUCCAAGUUUUUGGUUCUUUUAACUGUGUUAAAGUACUUGAAAUGUAUUGACUGCUGACUGUCUGUAGAAACAAAAUAUUUGAGUUGUAUUACAGAGGUUGACAUUGUUCAUGGAUGGGACAAAGUGUUCUUCAGUCUUUUCUUACUACUUAUAUGAUUUUGGUGCAGGAACCUGAGAUAUUCUUAUUUAUGUUCCAUGAUAGCUCACAUCUGCUCUCACAGCAUGAGCUGGGAGCCCAGUGGCACCCAGCAGCUGAACACAAUCAAAUGAUGACAGCAUUUCUCUGUCUGAGGGCCAUGGGGAUGUUCAGUUAGUGACUUCACUGAGCACCUUUACAGCCUGAAAUCUUAAAAACAAACAAACAAACAAACUAAUAACAUAUGAUAAUCAAGUUGUGUUUUGACUCGAGAUUUGGAUAUAUCUUAUUUCUUGGCUCAUUUGUUUGUGCUCUAUGGAUACAGACAAAAAUUCUGAAUUGUGUUUCCUAGGUAAAUAUUGCAACUCAGGGUUAAAAAGUUACCCAGUAAACUUUUAGAGCCAGAAGUAACUUUGUCCCAGUCCUACAAUGUGAAAAGAAUGAACAGCUGCCUCUUUUAGCCAUUUUCACGGCUGGUACAUACCUGUACACAUUACUUUUCAGAAUCAGUACGCACUUUCAGAUA